GGGCCAGGACUGACUUCCUCCCCACACAGAGCCGGGCGGGGCAAGCAGGAAGGGGCCUGUGACAGUCAAGGUGACGCAUCCUUGCCAGGCCAGCCCGAGCAGCAGCUGGGUCCACAAACGACAGGAGCACAGGUCAUCUUUCCCCCCAGGGGCAUCGGAAUGGACCUGUGCCACCACGAGCCCGCGGAGCUGAGCAGCGGGGAGGCGGAAGAGUUGCAGAGGAUCAAGUGGCACCGGAAGCAGCUCCUGGAGGACAUCCAGAAGCUAAAGGAUGAGAUCGCAGAUGUGUUUGCCCAGAUCGACUGCUUCGAGAGUGCAGAGGAGAGCCGGAUGGCCCAGAAGGAGAAGGAUCUGUGCAUCGGUCGCAAGAAGUUCAACAUGGAGCCCGCAAAGGCCGGCUUCUGUGCGGCAGCUGUUAACGGGUUCUGCCUGCCACUCCAGGGCAUCCAGUAUUUCAUUGAGCAUAAGCUGCUGACCCCCGACAUCCAGGACAUCGCUCGGUUCCUGUAUAAAGGGGAGGGCCUCAACAAGACAGCCAUCGGGACCUACCUGGGGGAGAGGGACCCUGUCAACCUGCAGGUCCUCCAGGCCUUCGUGGACUGCCAUGAGUUCGCCAAUCUCAACCUCGUCCAGGCCCUCAGGCAGUUCCUGUGGAGCUUCCGGCUACCGGGCGAGGCCCAGAAGAUAGACCGGAUGAUGGAGGCCUUUGCUACUCGAUACUGCCUCUGCAACCCGGGCGUCUUCCAGUCCACAGACACCUGCUACGUGCUGUCCUUCUCCAUCAUCAUGCUCAACACCAGUCUCCACAACCCCAACGUCCGGGACAAGCCGCCUUUUGAGCGCUUUGUGUCCAUGAAUCGUGGCAUCAACAAUGGCAGCGACCUGCCAGAGGACCAGCUGCGGAACCUCUUCGACAGCAUCAAGAGCGAGCCCUUCUCCAUUCCUGAGGACGAUGGCAAUGACCUCACUCACACCUUCUUCAACCCAGACCGGGAGGGCUGGCUGCUCAAGCUGGGGGGCCGCGUGAAGACGUGGAAACGGCGCUGGUUCAUCCUGACCGACAACUGCCUCUACUACUUCGAGUUCACCACAGACAAGGAGCCACGGGGAAUCAUACCCCUUGAGAACCUCUCCGUGCAGAAGGUGGACGACCCCAAGAAGCCAUUCUGCCUGGAGCUCUACAACCCCAGCUGCCGAGGCCAGAAAAUCAAGGCCUGCAAGACUGACGGCGACGGCAGGGUGGUGGAAGGCAAGCACGAGUCCUACCGCAUCUCAGCUGCCAAUGCCGAGGAGCGCGACCAGUGGAUUGAGGCCAUCCGAGCCAGCAUCACCCGCGUCCCCUUCUACGACCUGGUCUCCACUCGGAAGAAGAAGAUCGCCAGCAAGCAGUGAGAUUCCUGGAGGCAGCACUGGGGGCCGGUCAUCCUGGGAGUCCCGCAGCCUGCAGUGCCUGGACCCACCUCCCACCCAGUGCACUCUUUUGGGCCACAGACAUCACUGUGCUCCCCCGUUACCUCAAGCUGACUCUUGAUGGGAAAGCAGAGGUCAGGAGGGUGGGUGGGGGGUACAGUGGGCUCAGACUCCAGCAAUGAGGUCCCCCGCCCUACGUGCACUACCAGAAGGGGUGAGGAGAGCAGCCCGAGGAAAACCAGCCCAGAACGCAGCAUCCUUUCUUCUCUCUGGGCCUCAGUGCCCUCAGCUCUGAAGCUCUUUGCGCCUUGAGAUGCUGUCAGGCCUCAAAGUAGGAGGAGCUGUGGGGUCCCCGAGUGUUUCCUCUCCUUGGCAAGGCUCUUCCUUCCACUCAGGUUCUCUCUGCCAGCCCCUCCUGUGUCCUCAGGUUGGGCUUGACCCUCCCUGCCUGAGCAGAGCUCAGUGCACACGGCUCAGACCCACAGACAGGACCCCGGGACAGAACCACAGGACCUGCCCUAGGAGCCCAGGCUCCAUUGGCUCAGUCCCAGCUUCGUCUCUGACUCGCUGUGUGCCCUCUGCCAAGUCAUGCCCACUCUCUGGUUCUUGCAAAGCUGUAGCGUUGGGACUGGAAACGUCUUGGGCCCUGCCAGCCCUGUGCCCAGCUUCCAGCUGGAGAUGGCAGCCCUUGUUUACAGAGCCAGGGCAGACUCUGGAUUCAAGGCUGACGGGGAGAGAAGAGCACUAUGGACUCCAUCUUCCAGGGUGUCCUUUCGGGGAGAGGAGCAGGAGGGACCCUCAAGAAAAUGACGGAGAACAUCCCAGACAGAUGGGAUUCAAGCAAGACGAGUGCUCCAUCCAAGAAGCCAAGAAGGGAGAGUUUUGCGCACUAUGGUUACCAGGAGGGCUGCCUGGAGGCAGUGGCUGAGCCAGCAAGUAACAGAGCCCCUGCUUAGAGAGGCAGAGUCUUGGCCACGGCUUCCCUGCGCUGACCAACAGUCCCAUGGUGAUGAGGGGCAGCCUGCAGGUUGCAGCAUCUCGGGACCCUCUGCAGCAGUAUCGUCAGAGUAGAGCUGACUUCCAGUAUCCAGGCAGCCAGCUCUGUCUCCAGGGAGCCCUGGCUGGGAGGAGGAGUCCACUAACAGGAAGCACUUCUCAUCCCCUCACACAGGCCUGGGGGAGCCCCUGGAGGGAAAUUCCUUGGCAGGGGAGCAGGAAAUGUGGCUGCCCCUGCCCCACUGCCAGCCUGAGUCAGCGAGGAAGCAGGUGGAUUCCUUGGAGGAACCGCAGCUCGCCAAGCACCCCUCCCCGUCCCCACCCACCCCCAUAUGUGCACACAUUCCACAGGCUCAGGAUGGAGUAGCUGCCUUGUGAGGUGGUGAGACUCCUGUCUCUGUAGGUGUGCAAGCACCUAGUAGUGACAUUGUACCAGACAAGGUCUGGGUUGGGCAUCUACAGGAGGAGACUUUGCAGGACAGUUCAGGACAUCCACAGAUCCUUGUCAGCCCCUGAACUAAGCCCCGCCUGGUGAAGCCACUGCCGGGGACAUGCAGAAUCCUGGCUCCUCCAAGUACAGCAGCCCACGUGGGUACAGGUGCACUGUCUGUGAGCACUGACUGUGUCCCAAGUUCUGGGCAGACCUUGGGUGGGGACACAGCAGCCCUGUGGCUCUCAUAACUCCUGUGCCCGCAGGCUCCCAGGAAACCCCAUGUCCUCAGCCUAAAAUAUACUAGAAAUACUCCCCUGGGAUCCUGGUGUCCACACCACCCUCUCUUCUUUACCAUACUCCUUUCCCUGCUUCUUAGUCAACAUUUCCAUUCUGCACUCUAUUCACCAAUGCUUGUUCUGAUGCUGGAAUUGUGAGGCCUCUCUUCUUGAUCAGUCCAACUCCUACUCAUCCUUCAAAACCCAGAAAUGCCCCCUUCUUUGUGAACUUUUCCUAGUGCCCCCCAAGCAGGCACUCCCUCACUCCUGGUGCUGCCACAACACCCACCCACCCACCUGUCCCUCAAAUACUUGUGUCUGCUCUAUGCCAUAAUCUAAGGAGGCGAAGCAAAGUUAAGCCUAGCCCCUGGCCUUGACCCCUUGCAGACCUCAAGCCCUGGGACUUUGGACUGACUUUCCUCAACCUUUCUCUUGGCCUUGAUGGUGGAGGAGGCAGAGGUGACGACAGGUGAUAAACACACAGGAUGGACAGAGGGGAGAAGGGCAAGGGCUGUGAGCCCAGAGGCAGUGCCCAGAGGCAUGGUCUAUGGAUUUUUUUGAGAGUGAUAAAAAUGUUCUAAACUUGAUUGUGGUGAUGAGCAAGUCUAUGAAUAUGCUAAAAAUCACUCAAUUUGACAUUUUAAAUGGGUGAUUUAUAUGGCAUGUGAACUAUAUCUCAAGAAAGCUGUUAAAAAUAUCAUACUGGUUGAGCCUAGUGGUAUUUUUAAAGUAUGAAUAUAGGCGGGGCGUGGUGGCUCACACCUGUAAUCCCAGCACUUUGGGAGGCCGAGGCGGCGGAUGACCUGGGGUCAGGAGUUCAAGUCUUAAGUAUGAUGUAUGAUACACCUACGUAUAAAUGAAAAUGGCAUGCACAAUGACACUUUGCCAUGGGAACUGUACUGGAAGGUUUAUGAAAAUGUGAACUUGAACCUACAAUUGUGUUGUUAGUGACUAUAAGCAGCAGUGCUAAAUUUAUUGUACUUGAUGAAUGAAUGUAUUUAGUCUAGUCACAGUUACUUUGGUUUAAAUGCAUGGGUCGGCCAGCAUGGCGGCUCACGCUUGUAAUGCAAGUGCUUUGGAGGCCAAGGCGGGUGGAUCACCUGAAGUUGGGAGUUCAAGACCAGCCUGACCAACAUGGUGAAACCCCGUCUUUAAAAAAAAAAUUAAAUGCAUAUGUCUUUAGGGUAUUAGUUUUCACACUGCUAUAAAGACCCCAAACUGGGUAAUUUAUAAGGAAAAGUGACUUAAUUGAUUCACAGUUCCACAGGGCUGGGGAGGCCUCAGGAAACUGACAGUCAUGGUGGAAGGAGAAGAGGCACAUCAUACAUGGUGGCAGACGAGAGAGAGUGAACGAGCUAAGGGAGAAGAGCCCCUUAUAAAACCAUCAGAUCUUGUGGAAACUCACUCACUAUCAUGGGAACAGUACAGGGAAACCGCCCCCAUAAUCUGAUCACCUCCCACUAGGUCCCGCCUUCAACACGCUGGGGAGUGUAUGGAUCACAUUUGGAGAUGAGAGUCGGGUCAGGACACAGAGCCAAACCGUGUCAGAGUUUUAAAAAAUGUAUUUGUAAUUUGUACUCUUGGCAGGGUAUUCUUGGACUGCAGGGGUUACUGUCAAUGUGUGAUUCGUGUUUUUAUUUUAUAGAAUCAUCUAAUGUGGUGUACAAUUUUUAUAAGUGAUAGAUAAUUAUAAUAAUGUGUAUUUGACAACCUAUUAAAAUAUUUUGCAUGGAA